AUUUUGACUCAUAUAUCAAUGAAGUUAGAGUCAAGACUCAAGACUAAUGAACAUGAGUUAUGACAAUUGACAAGAGAAGUCAAAAACUUGUGCCACACGAUUUGCAUUUUGCACACGAUUUUGUAUCGAGCGAAGCUAAGAACUAAGAAGUGAUAAAAAUUGAUCAUUGAAGGAAAUAAGUAGUGAUUAAGUACUUAUUACUACAUUCUAGUUUUUAAACUCAUAAUUGAAAAAUAAUCAAUCAUAAUUUGUUAUUUCUGUAGUUCCUGUCAACUUGAUUCAAUAUUUCCAUUAACUGUACUAUUUCACAUAAUAUUAUUUACCCGACAAAACAAUGAUUUAUGGCCUAGUGUUAUAAAUACCACGAUAUACUUAUAUUCAACGAAACCUUAGUUGUUAUUUCAUUUAAGAGAAAAUGGGAAUCUUAGAAAAGAUAUCCGAAAUUGAAAAAGAAAUAGCCAGAACUCAAAAAAAUAAAGCAACUGAAUAUCAUUUAGGUCUAUUAAAGGCUAAGCUUGCAAAGUAUAGGUCACAACUACUGGAACCAUCUAAAAAGGGGGGAGACAAGGGGGAAGGGUUUGAUGUGUUAAAGUCUGGUGAUGCUAGGGUAGCUUUGAUUGGUUUUCCCUCUGUUGGUAAGUCAACAUUGCUAUCCACCUUGACCCACACACACUCAGAAGCAGCCAGCUAUGAGUUCACAACACUCACAUGUAUUCCUGGAGUUAUUGAGUAUAGAGGUGCCAACAUACAGCUGCUAGAUUUGCCGGGUAUCAUUGAAGGUGCUGCACAGGGAAAGGGUAGAGGGCGACAAGUUAUAGCAGUCGCACGUACUGCAGAUUUGGUGUUAAUGAUGCUGGACGCCACAAAGCCAUAUGUGCACAGACAGCUUCUGGAAAAGGAACUUGAGAGUGUUGGCAUCCGACUGAACAAACCUAAACCUAAUAUUUAUUUUAAGGUCAAGAAGGGUGGAGGUUUGUCAUUCAACUCCACAUGCCAACUUACAAAGGUUGAUGAGAAAAUGGUGCAAAUGAUACUUCAUGAAUAUAAAAUAUUUAAUGCUGAGGUUCUGUUCCGCGAAGACUGCACGGCAGAUGAGCUCAUAGACGUGAUCCUGGCGAACCGCGUGUACCUGCCCUGCCUGUACGUGUACAACAAGAUCGACCAGAUCUCCAUACAGGAGGUGGACCGGAUAGCGAGGCAGCCGCACUCCCUCGUGGUUAGUUGUAACAUGAAGUUAAACUUAGACUACCUGCUUGAUACCAUGUGGGAGUAUCUGUCGCUCAUCAGGGUGUACACCAAGAAGCCUGGACAACCACCGGACUUUGACGAUGGACUCAUUUUAAGACGGGGCGUGACAAUAGAGCACGUGUGCCACUCCAUCCACCGCACGCUGGCGGCCCAGCUCAAGUACGCGCUGGUGUGGGGCACCAGCACCAAGUACUCGCCGCAGCGUGUCGGCAUCCACCAUGCCGUGCAGGAUGAAGACGUGGUGCAGCUCAUCAAGAAGUAGGCCAUCCUUACCCCACCAUCGCGACAUACUCCAGCUGGCCCAAUGUUUCAAAUGUUAUAAUUAUCUUUCCGCAACUUGUUAUUGCUCAACAAAUGUGUGAGAAUUCCAUGACAUACAUACAGAACAUUCCCUGACCAAGUGUGAAGAUAAAUUGACAGUUCUGUAUGAUUGUUUGAGACCUGUGGACUGUUACAUUGUUUUUUCUUAGCGGGUGGUCAGUUUUGUUAGAAUAUUGCCAACCUCAUAUCUAUAGUGAAUUCAAAUGCAGCUAUCAACUUAAUACCAGUUAAUAUGUGCAUGGGUGUUGAGCCAUUUUGUUAAAUGUUUGAGGACUCUGCUAGGUUCUUGUUGUGCCAUUUCCUUCAAGGAUCAGACUACCUUCUAAUUGACUAAAUAAGUUAAACAAGUGGCUAUUCUGUACAUUACAACCAAGAUAAAUGAUACAAUAGAAAUACAUAGAAGGUGUUUAAAUUAUUGUCGAUCAUGAUAACUUAUAUUAGUUUCUUGAUAGUGGUUCAAACAGUCAACAUAUAUUAUAAUUAUGACUCAGCAUAGAAUCAAAACCUAUUAUAGGUUUGUGCAUUCAAUAUUUGGGAUAAAUGUUAUUUUUUGGCAUUUGGCAAUUUUAUGUUAGUGUCAGAUCUGUAAACAUGGCACCAAUACUGUUGACUGCUAACACAAAAUGAAUGUUAGGCAAUAGUUGCAUCAAAUGCCCUUAAAAUAAUGAUAUAACCUUUUCACAAGAUUUUUUUUUAAUAGGCUCGUGAGUGUAGCUAUUAUUUUAAAUGUCAAAGUAAAUGUAUUUUCAAUCCAAUUCCUAAAAGCUUAAGCAGAGAAUCCUGUAACCAAAUUCUAUUACUCUAAUUGAAAUCGACAUUACAUUCACAACCAACAAAUUUUACUAUCAAACACUAGAGACUAAUUUGUAUAAUUAUUAGCACACUGAUUGUCAUAUGAAGUAGAUGGUAUGCAAACGUUAAAAAUUAAUUCCACUUGUGGAAGAACAAUUUCGACUUUUCAAUACUAGAGGAUGCUGUAACCAAUUUUACAAUAUCAUAUUCACAUGGAAUAUUUUGAAUUAUGGAUAUGAGGUUGUUUUUAUGUUCGCAGGAAUGUAUAAGAAUAGUUUUGUUAUGUAUUAUUUUAUUCAAAUUAAUUAUUACUGUAUUUUUUAUUUAAAUACCUAAUGGUUAGAUGAUACACCGGCGGCGUAAACUAUUUUUAUUGCUUCAUUUUUACAUGUACAAAUUCCACUUUAAGGCAAUAGUUUUAGCCUGUGAUGGUUAUGAUAAUAUAUAGGUAGAUAGAUGGGAUAGAGUAACUUCCAGUACUUGUUUCCAAAUUUGACACUAAGAAUACUAUUAAUGUUCUGGAUAUAAAUCAGUGGAAUGUUCUCGCUUGGUAAAGUUGAGCCUUACAAAUGAAUGUUAUAAUAUUUAUCUAUAGCUGAAAUAGUGUGUUAUAUUUGUUGUCAAGGUUAUAUUUGAAAUAAAAUAAAAUAAAAUGUAUUUAAGUGACUAA